GAGGGAGUGAAGCAAUUUGGAACACAGCCGAGUACAGUCGUUUGUAUUUACAGUCUUUAAAAGGUGAAAAACUAUGGCGAUGACAAAGUUUCGUCUGGCAGUGGUGCAACUGCACGUAACAAAGUUAAAGGCUGACAACUUAAACCGCGCUAAAAGACUGGUGAAGGAGGCAGCAGGCCAGGGGGCAAAAGUCGUGGUGUUACCUGAAUGCUUCAACUCUCCAUAUGGAACAGGUUACUUUGCAGAGUACGCUGAGAAGAUCCCCGGACAAUCAAGCCAGGUGCUGUCGGACGCUGCUAAGGAGUGUGGGAUAUACCUAGUUGGCGGAUCCAUACCUGAGGAGGAUGGAGGGAAGCUCUUUAAUACCUGCACAGUUUUUGGUCCUGAUGGUAAAUUACUGGUAAAACACAGAAAGAUCCAUCUCUUUGACAUUGAUGUCCCUGGAAAAAUACGUUUUCAGGAGUCUGAGACAUUAAACCCAGGCAACAGUUUAUCCAUGUUUGAAACUCCAUUCUGUCGAGUGGGAGUGGGGAUUUGCUAUGACAUACGCUUUGCUGAACUUGCACAGAUCUAUGCUAGGAAAGGUUGCCAGCUGUUGGUAUAUCCUGGUGCCUUCAACAUGACCACAGGGCCAGCUCACUGGGAGCUGCUCCAGAGGGCACGGGCAGUGGAUAACCAAGUGUAUCUGGCCACUGCUUCACCAGCAAGAGAUGAAAGUGCCAGCUAUGUGGCUUGGGGUCACAGCUCUGUUGUCAACCCUUGGGGCGAGGUAAUCACGAAAGCAGGGUCAGAGGAGUCUGUAGUGUAUGCUGAUAUUGACCUGCAGUACCUGGCUGAUGUACGUCAACAGAUUCCAAUCACAAUGCAGAGACGCGAAGAUAUAUACAAAGUAAAUGUUGUUAAUGAAGAAUGAGUUGUGGUUUGAUUGUUAAAUGUGCCUGGACUUCGGUUUCUUACACCGUUAGACAAAUGUUCACAUCAAUGUUCAUGUAUUUGUCUCAGAACAUAAAACAUAUUUUAGUUGUUAA